AUGUCUGAUAUUGAUGAAGACUUGUUAGCUUUAGCAGGUGCCGGAAGCGAGGAAGACGAUGACGAGGGAAGCUUGAUUAACACAACGAAUAAGAGAACGAGAACAGAUCAAGUAACGUCAAAGAAAAGAAGAAUUGUUGACCAAGAGGAAGAAGAAGAUGAGGGCGAAGAGGACAGUUAUAAUCCAGCUGGCUUGACGUAUGGUGACAGUGUGAAAGAUGAACUAGAGGACGCUGAAGAAGAGAUGUUAGAGGAUGAAGACGAAGAAGAGGAAAAUCCGUUUCCAUUAGAAGGCAGGUACAAGGAUGAGCAAGAUAGAGCGCACUUAGAGUCUCUACCAGAAAUGGAGCGCGAGACACUGAUAUUUGAAAGAUCUCAGAUCCUACAGAAGUACCGGGAACGUAAAGUUCUGAAGGAACGUGCCAGAAACAUCAGACAACAGCAGAGAAAAAGACAGUUGCAACAAGAGGGCCAAAAAACGAGAUCCUCGACACGAGCGGCACGGGUUACGGGCCAUUCAGAUAUCAAGGAGUCGAAACUCAGCGAACUGAAGCGGCAGAGGGCCAAGAAAAGUGGGAAUUACGAGUUGAGUGACGAGGAAAGUGACAGGGACGACGAUAGGGACGAUUAUCGGUACGACGGCGACGAUUUGGAGGAGGAUGAAGAUGACUACGAUGCUGGGUACGGAAAGGACCGUUACGAAGAGUCAGAUGACGAGGAACUAAGGUGGGCCGAACCUGAGAGUUUGGAUCGCGACUCGGAACUCUCAGAUUUCAACAAAAUCAAAAUUGGUCGUUCAUUUGUUGCCAAAUUCUGUUUUUACCCCGAUUUUAACGAUCUGAUCAAAGGUUGUUACGGGAGAGUGAAUGUUGGCGUGGACAAACAUAGCGGUCAAACGCUGUACAGAAUGGUGAAAAUUGAGCGCGUCUUUUUACAAAAGCCCUACAACAUGGGCAAAUUCUUCACAAAUCAAUAUUUCGGAGUAACGCAGGGCAAGGACCGGAAAGUGUUCCAGAUGAACUUCUUUAGCGAUGGCGCCAUAACCCAGCCCGAGUUUGAGCGUUUCACGAAGGCUCUCGAAAAGUCUGACAUGAACAAACCCUCAGUGUACACUUUGAAAAAUAAGAGCAAUGAAAUUGGGUCGUUUGUCUCACAACCAAUGACCUCUAAGUUGACCGAUGAAAUCGUCAGAAAUAGAAUGGUGUUCAACAAGAAGCUUUCAGGUACCAACGCGGUGCUAGAAAAGACCAUUUUGAAGGAAAAGUUGCAGUUUUCCCGUGAAUCUGGCAAUGAACGCGACGUGGCCAAAUAUUCCGCUCAACUAAGAAAUCUAGAAAAACGCCUCAACAGCUAUGAGAAACAUCACGAAAAUGACCAAGCAGGCUCUAAAAGACUUGGAGCUCUUACUUCGAAAAACAGAAGAGCGAACAUGGAUCGUCUAAAAAACGUCGAGGCUGCCAAAAAAGAGGACUCGCCAAUUGAUGCCAAGACGGAUCCCUUCAGCAGAUUAAAGACUAGAACCAAGAUUUAUUAUCAAGAAAUCCAGAGGGAAGAGAACGAGAAGGCCAAAGAACUUGCGCGUCAAAAACAGUCCGACAUGGAUAAUGAUGCUGCAGCGGCUAAGGAAAAGACCAAGAUAAUGGCUAAAUUCAGAAACCUGGGUGGAUUAGAGGAUAUCAUAGGUAGUAUCGAUAUCAAUCUGGAACUUGACAUAUAG